AUGGCCAAGGAGCCCACCACCGAUGAGCAGCCGGAGGGCAGCAACAAUGGCAGCAACAAUGGCAGCAGCCGCAGCGCCAGCGGUUCCCCGACCGCGAAGCCCAAGAAGAGCGUGACGUGGUCCACCAUCACCGUGCACGAGUUCGGCGUCGGGCUGGGCGGCAGCGCCGUGUCCAACAAGGGCGGCCCGUCCAUCGGCCUCGCGGAUACGCCCGAGUUCACGUGGACGACCCGCGUGGGCGAGAUGGCCGAGUGCGUGGAGGGCGUGCAUCGCUUCUCGCCCAACCAGCGCAUCCGCCUGCUGCAGGCCGCCGGCAUCCCGGACGGCAUCAUCACGCGCCACGCACGGGAGACCAACAUCAUCCUGGGUUCGCGUCGUCGGUCGAAGAUGAGCUGGGACGAAAGCGAGCUGGACGAGGAGGAAGAGGAGGAGGAGGAGGAGCAACACGAGUGCCAGGAGCCGCUCCGCAAGCGCAGCGCAGGCCAGGCAGGCAUGCUGGAGCGCCCGUGCGCCGUCUAUUUGCGGCGGCCGCGCAUGAUCCCGGUCAACUACGUGUAG